AAAUACCAACAAUAUUAAUCUGACCUCUUAUAUGUACUUUACAAGUUUCUCACUAUUGGUUUGGAUUAACACCAAGUUAACGUAUAAAGACAAACAGUGUAUCACCGUGUUUAAAGAUAAAUUGGAACCAAUAUCAGCUGAAUAAUAAUUCGGUGAUUAACUAGUUAAGAAAAUAACGAUAAUGGGGGAACGUCCAGAGACUUCAAUCAGUCAUGCUACAUAUAAAACAGAAUCCUCGUCAACAACCAACUACAGUACUUUGCCCUCGCACAGGGAGUGGACAGCAUUUGUUGGUCCUGUUGUUUAUACUGGACCAAAUGGAGAACGUGACCAACAUGUAUCAGUCAACUUAGAUUUCCAAAUGGUUGGAAUAGGAGCUCGAUCACCGGAAAUAACCAGCCAAAUGAGUUACCUAAGCAGACCACCUCCUGGUUCAACAUUUCCUAAAGCUAAACAUAAACAGAUAGGCGAAAUAGGAUGGCCUGUAGAAACCUUUCGAAUUGUAAAGGGACUUUAACAUUUUAGUACUACUGCAUUAUAGAAAACUUCUCUGUGUUACCUGGUUUCAUGGUUACUUUUCAGUGUACACAAAUACAUGCACUCAUUUGAUAUAUACUUGAAGAAGGACAGAUACCCAAUGUAUGCAUUUGAUUUGAAUAACUAGUAUGUUAAUUGUGUAAAUGUUGCAAUUAGUAGGAAAAAAGUAUGUAUUUUCUGUUUGAAAUUGUAUUAUAUAUGAAUAAUAUCGUUAUAAUAAUCAUUAUUAAAAUGUCGUCUUUUUUUA